AUGGGAAAUUCCAGCAACUCCGACGGCGGCUUCAACGCUAACAUGGGACUCGCCUAUUGCUCUUCUAGCACUUCAAGUGCGGCUCUCUCAGCCUUGCAGACCCCGCCUUCCUCUCUCCACUUACCCGUGACAACAUGGGGCUCUGACACCUCGCCAGCUUUGGAUCUUAGUUUCUCAGCCUCGUGCGACACUAGCAACAGCCUUGAGACAGCAGGUUGGUGGAAUGAGAACGACCCCACCGUUCAGCCGCCAUACUCUACUAGCUUUGGUCAAAGCAAUCUGCGAUCUACGAGCCAGAAUGUGAGAUUAGAAGGACUAGGGAUUUCUUACGACUCAGCCGCAUUCGACUUCGGCGCUAUGAACGAUAGCUAUUCGGCCCCCAGAGCCUCAGCCUCGUUCGAUAUGGCUAGCUAUGGUGCCAUGUACAACAGACCAUCACACCAUUACGCGCAACCACAAGUGCCAUCCACCAGUCAACCAGUCUCGCGCUCUCCCUCACCACGCGUCGAGCCCCGCUUCCACCGCUCCAAGUCAAGUCAACAUCGCUCUAGCCAAUCGUCAAGACGCAAAUCCAGCCAUUCUUCCCAACAGUCCUCGCGGCAGACGAGCGCAAGCAGUGGCGGUGUCGGCUUCGUCAACUUCACGCCAGACGAUAGCCGCAAAAUCCUCACAGGUGUCGCACCCAGCGGUUCCAGCAAGACCAAGGCACGACGAGAGAAGGAAGCCGCCGAUAAGCGCAGGAAGCUUAGUCGAGCGGCUAUGAAGGCUGUUAUAGAGGCCGGUGGUGAUAUCGACAGUCUGAGGAGGUUAGAGAGGGAGGGUCUGCUGGUCAUGGAAGGGUGA